UGCCCUGAAGCUGUUUUCUCUGGUUGUGCUGAGGGCUGAUGCCCACGGUGCAUCAUUUUCAAGAGCUGGAUCAUGAACAACUCGAACAACUCUGUCCUCCUAGAAGAACAGCUCAUCAAGAAAUCCCAACAAAAGAGAAGAACUUCUCCCUCGAACUUUAAAGUCCGCUUCUUUGUUUUAACCAAAACCAGCCUGGCGUACUUUGAGGACCGUCAUGGGAAAAAGCGCACGUUGAAGGGCUCCAUUGAACUCUCCAGAAUCAAAUGUGUCGAGAUUGUGAAAAGUGACAUUAGCAUCCCUUGCCACUAUAAGUAUCCUUUUCAGGUUGUGCACGACAACUACCUCCUCUAUGUGUUUGCUCCAGACCGUGAGAGCCGGCAGCGUUGGGUGUUGGCUCUUAAAGAAGAAACAAGGAACAAUAACAGUUUGGUGCCCAAGUACCAUCCUAAUUUCUGGAUGGAUGGGAGGUGGAGGUGCUGUGCUCAGCUGGAGAAGCUUGCAGUGGGCUGUGCCCAGUACGACCCAACCAAGAACGCUUCAAAGAAGCCUCUUCCUCCCACUCCUGAGGAUAACAGGCGAUCACUUCACGAGCCUGAAGAAACCCUGGUCAUCGCCCUGUAUGACUACCAAACGAGCGAUCCCCAGGAACUGGCGCUGCAGCGCAAUGAGGAAUACUACCUGCUGGACAGCUCCGAGAUUCACUGGUGGCGAGUUCAAGACAAGAACGGGCAUGAAGGAUACGUACCAAGCAGUUAUCUGGUGGAAAAGUCUGCAAAUAACCUGGAAACCUACGAGUGGUACAAUAAAAGUAUCAGCCGAGACAAAGCUGAAAAACUUCUUUUGGACACAGACAAAGAAGGGGCCUUCAUGGUACGAGACUCCAGGACGCCGGGAACAUACACCCUGUCUGUCUUCACCAAGGCCAUCGUAAGUGAGAACAACCCCUGUAUAAAGCACUAUCACAUCAAGGAAACAAAUGACAAUCCCAAGCGAUACUAUGUGGCUGAGAAGUAUGUGUUCGAUUCCAUCCCACUCCUCAUCAAUUAUCACCAGCACAACGGAGGAGGCCUGGUCACUCGACUUCGCUAUCCGGUUUCUUCCUGGAGGCAGAAAGCGCCGGUCACCGCUGGGCUGAGAUACGGGAAAUGGGUGAUCCAUCCCUCGGAGCUCACUUUGGUGCAGGAGAUUGGCAGUGGGCAGUUCGGACUGGUGCAUCUUGGCUACUGGCUCAACAAGGACAAGGUGGCCAUUAAAACCAUUCAGGAAGGAGCGAUGUCAGAAGAGGACUUCAUAGAGGAGGCUGAAGUCAUGAUGAAACUCUCUCACCCCAAACUUGUCCAGCUGUACGGGGUGUGCCUGGAGCAGGACCCCAUCUGCCUCGUGUUUGAGUUCAUGGAGCACGGCUGCCUGUCGGAUUACCUGCGCAACCAGCGGGGGCUCUUUGCUGCAGAGACCCUGCUGGGCAUGUGCCUGGACGUGUGUGAGGGCAUGGCCUACCUAGAAGAGGCCUGUGUCAUCCACAGAGACCUGGCUGCCCGAAAUUGUUUAGUGGGAGAAAACCAAGUCAUCAAAGUGUCCGACUUUGGGAUGACAAGGUUCGUCCUUGAUGAUCAGUACACCAGCUCCACGGGCACCAAGUUCCCCGUGAAGUGGGCGUCCCCGGAAGUCUUUUCCUUCAGUCGCUACAGCAGCAAGUCAGACGUGUGGUCAUUCGGUGUGCUGAUGUGGGAAGUCUUCAGCGAAGGCAAAAUCCCAUAUGAAAACCGAAGCAACUCGGAGGUGGUGGAAGACAUCAGUACUGGAUUUCGGUUAUACAAGCCCCGGCUGGCCUCCUCGCAUAUCUACCAGAUCAUGAAUCAUUGCUGGAAAGAGAAACCAGAAGACCGGCCAUCUUUCUCCAGACUCUUCAGUCAGCUGGGUGAAAUUGCAGAAUUGGGACUUUAGCAGAGACUCAGCUUCAGAUCCUGAGCCGGGGAAGAAGUCCUCCCUCCAUAAAGCAUUAAAAGCUGCCGCUAGCCCAGGACUCCCCAGAGGCAGCUGGCCUGUGGCACAGUCCCUGAGCUGCCAGGAGGCAGCACCCUGACAGAGGCUGGCACCAAGCCACAGGCAGAGGCUCAGCCAAUGACCUGGGAGCAGGGCCAGGCAGGAGCCAUGUCUCUACCCUCCCUCCAGCCUUUUAUCUUGGGCGGUGCACAAACCUCAAUCUGACAGCUUUCGGGUAACAUUUCUUGCACUUCUUAGAGAAAGAGAGAGAGGGGAUAGGACCCUGGGUUGUUCCUUUAUUAUUAUUUUAAACAUGGAUCUAAGGUUAAUGGUCAGGGACCUUUUAUUUGCACUGACAACACAAAACCCCAGGGUUUGGGGCAAGAGGAAUGAGCA